AAUUAUGAGAAUUUCCCAGAGUGGUCCAAGAAAUAUUUGCAUCUUAACAGCAAAUGGAUCCAUAUCUAAUGACUCUUCGACAACCUGACUCAACUGGUGGAACUGUAACUUACGAGGCACGAUUUGAGACCCUAUCACUUGGUGGUUCUUUGUUUCGAGUUGAAAAUGAUCAGAGUGGAAGGAUGGGGGGACUGAAUGUGUCCUUGUCAGGACCAGAUGGCCGUGUGUUGGGAGGCGGAGUGGCAGGUCUCUUGAUAGCUGCUUCCCCUGUUCAGGUGGUGUUGGCCAGCUUUGUUUCAGAUUCGGAAGCAAUCCAAGUCUGCAAAGAGAAUGGAAAAUGCAUCUGCCCCACCAAAGGCUUCCACAGCAGGCCAAAGCAGCUCACCAUCAAGGGGCACUCUCAGUGAGU